GUGGGCUUCGUCUCGUCGAUCGCUAAUCGAAUGGGUGAAGCAAUGAAUUAAGAGCUUCGGAAGCUUCUAAAUAUCCGUUUCGUGCUUCAGCCGAACGCGCACGGCGCAUGUAAGAUUAUCCAGACAGUGAACUGAUUCAGAAUGAAUGCUUGGACUUAAACCAUGUUUAUAAACGCUAACGGGAACAGCAGCAGCACUGAUGUGUGGAUGUGGAGAAUCCUUCUAAACUAAUCAAGCCAAAGGUACCGACUCCUUCCAUCCUCCCUUCCUUCUCUCUAUGACGCACACUCUCCCCGGUUUCAGUUCCACUCUAUAUUUUAAAUCAAACAUUAUUUCUGACAGUGUUUUCGGCAUUGAAGAAAGCCGGCAAAAUCAUCUGGAACUCCACACAAAGCAGCGUUGUAGGCGUUUCAUCAUCCUCAACCCGUUGAACCUCCUCUUCAGGUUUCGAUCCAUCUGAUACUCUGAAUAGUCUCUGCUGCUCAUCCCUAUGGCCUCUUCAUCAGGGAACGACGAUGACCUGACGAUCCCGAGGGCGGCGAUCAAUAAAAUGAUCAAAGAAACGCUUCCCAACGUGCGAGUGGCGAACGAUGCCAGAGAGCUGGUAGUGAACUGCUGCACUGAGUUCAUACACCUAAUCUCAUCCGAAGCUAACGAGAUCUGCAAUAAAUCAGAGAAGAAGACUAUAUCUCCGGAACAUGUCAUAAACGCACUUGAAAGUUUAGGGUUUGGGUCGUAUAUUGCAGAGGUAAAAGAUGUUCUGCAGGAGUGUAAAACGGUAGCACUUAAACGGAGGAAGGCCAGCUCACGACUAGAGAACCUUGGCAUUCCUGAGGAGGAACUUCUCCGUCAACAGCAGGAAUUAUUUGCCAAGGCACGGCAGCAGCAGGCUGAGUUAGCACAACAGGAGUGGUUACAGAUGCAACAGGCUGCCCAACAGGCACAGUUAGCAGCGGCUUCAGCCAGUUCAGCUCAGCAGGCUGGAUCUUCCCAGGAUGAAGAUGAAGAGGACGACAUGUGAAUCCUGACAGGCUUUCCCUGAGGCACACCGAUAAAUUGACAUGUAUUUACAGAUAUGUAAAUUAUCUCCUAAACACUUUGUCCUCCUUAAACCUUAGCAGAGAGGGACGUCUGCAGUGUUGUUUCCUAAACAAACUUUUAAAUCAAGCUCAUCAGUAUAAAUUCAUACUGACUGUUCAGGAACAAUCAUGGGAGUUCUCCUGUGAUUUAAAUUGUUAUCUAGAAUUAUUAGGUCAUGAAAAACCCUCUUUUCUUUCACAUUUAUUCCUGAGUUAAUCAAAGGCAGUUGUCAUAAGUUUCACCAUUUUGUAUGUGUGUGGUAAGGAUGUGAAGUCAUUUAAUGUGGUUGUGACGUGCACCACAUAUAUUGUGCUUGUUAAGUUCAGGAGCCAGCUUUUUACCUAACUGCCUCCUGUUUUAGGUGAUUUGCAUAUUUCUCUUAUAUUUGUGCUUGUAAAAUAGCUUAAAGAGACACAUAUUGGGGAAAGUGAUUUUUACAGCAGUUCAUCCCCGCUUCUGUAUUUCUUUUUGUUCAGCUGAGUGAGAUCUGAGAAAGUGUGAUUUGUAAUGUAGGAUGCUUUUCUUUUUUUUUUUAGUUAUGUGAGGAUCAUGACAGAUUAUAAGUAGAUAUGAUUUUACCUGCCCUAUGCUAAGAACAGUAUUCCAAGGAAAAGAUUAACAUUUGCUGAAAUAAUAUACGUGUUAUAGUACCAAAGAUAAAAUAAAAUAUAAAACUCCAGUCAACGGAUAGGCUUCAAAAAUCUACUCAUGGUAUUUCCUCUCUGUUUGAUAUAAGUGCUUGGGUGCAGACCACACCGAAGACUCUGUAAACCUAUUGGUGGGCGCUCUCACUUUGUACAGUGUUUUGAUAGCAUAUUUUUUCCCCCCAAGUGCAAUGUGUAACAGUUGCAUUGUGAAUGUGGUUAAUUCUUAUCUUGUCAUGAUUGGUAAGGUGUAGUUGAGAAGGUAUUCACAUGCCUUUGCAAAAGCUGUAAGCUGUAUUCUCUAAGCAAUAAAUUCAACCUGU